GUGCGCGGAGCGGACCUCACCUCUGCCCUGGGGGCUGUCCAUGGGCCACAGGUUCCUGUCUGGAAGCUGCUUUGAGAGGCCCCCGAGGCCCCAGCCACCCCUCCUGCCAUCCCAUUGAGCCUGGUUCCUGUCUGCAGGCCUCCAGGACCCGCUGCCCACAGCACCCAGACAUGAGGUGGCCGCCCUGCUCCCACACCCUGCAGGGGGUCUGCGCCCUUGCCUCCUUGGUCCUCCUGGGGCACAUCCUGCUGUACAACUUCGCAGUGGCCCCCCGAGAGCUGUGCAGCUUCUCCCGAGCACCCGAGGAGAUGUACCAAGCUCGCCAGCUGGGAGCCAGUGGCCUAGGGCCCCGGCCCGCCCCAGGGCACCAAGGCAGCCCCAGGGCAGCGCCCACACAGUGCAACCUGCCCCCCGCUGGCCGCUUCGACUGUGCCCCAGACAAGGCCAUCACCCGGGAGCAGUGCGAGGCCCGGGGCUGCUGCUACGUGCCCGCGAGGCAGCGGCCUCCCGGGGCCCAGAUGGGGCAGCCCUGGUGCUUCUUCCCUUCCGGCUACCCCAGUUACAAGCUGGAGAACCUGACCACCACGGAGACGGGCUACACAGCCACCCUGACGCGCACCACCCCGACCUUCUUCCCCAAGGACAUCAUGACCUUACGGCUGGAUGUGCUGAUGGAGACCGAGAGCCGGCUCCACCUCACGAUCAAAGAUCCCACCAACAGGCGCUACGAAGUGCCCUUGGAGACCCCGCGUGUCCACAGCCGGGCACCGUCCACGCUCUACAGUGUGGCGUUCUCGGAGGAGCCCUUUGGGGUGGUCGUGCGGCGGAAGCUGGAUGGACGGGUGCUGCUGAACACCACCGUGGCUCCCCUGUUCUUUGCUGACCAGUUUCUGCAGCUGUCCACCUCCCUGCCAUCCCAGCACAUCACAGGCCUUGCCGAACACCUCGGGCCCCUGAUGCUCAGUACCAACUGGACCAAGGUCACCCUCUGGAAUCGGGACAUCGCCCCCGUGCCUGAUGUGAACCUGUACGGGUCCCACCCUUUCUACCUUGUGCUGGAGGACGACGGGUCAGCUCACGGGGUCUUCCUGCUGAACAGCAAUGCCAUGGACGUGGUCCUACAGCCAAGCCCGGCCCUCAGCUGGAGGUCGACAGGCGGGAUUCUGGACUUGUACGUCUUCCUGGGCCCGGAGCCCAAGAACGCAGUGCAGCAGUACCUGGACAUCGUGGGCCACCCGUUCAUGCCGCCGUACUGGGGCCUGGGCUUCCACCUGUGUCGCUGGGGCUACUCCUCCACCGCCGUCACCCGCCAGGUUGUGGAGAACAUGACCAGGGCCCAUUUCCCCCUGGACGUCCAGUGGAACGACGUGGACUACAUGGACGCCAGGAGGGACUUCACUUUCAACAAGGACGGCUUCGGGGACUUCCCGGCCAUGGUGCAGGAGCUCCACCAGGGCGGCCGGCGGUACAUGCUGAUCGUCGAUCCUGCCAUCAGCAGCUCCAGCCCCGCCGGGACCUACCGCCCCUACGACGAGGGCCUGCGGCGGGGGGUCUUCAUCACCAACGAGACCGGGCAGCCUCUGAUUGGGAAGGUGUGGCCCGGACUCACCGCCUUCCCCGACUUCACCAACCCCGAGGCCCUAGGCUGGUGGCAGGACAUGGUGGGCGAGUUCCACGCCCAGGUGCCCUUCGAUGGCAUGUGGAUUGACAUGAACGAGCCAUCCAACUUCGUGAAGGGCUCUGUGGACGGCUGCCCCAACAGUGACCUGGAGAACCCGCCCUACGUGCCAGGGGUGGUCGGCGGGACCCUCCGGGCAGCCACCAUCUGCGCCUCCAGCCAGCAGUUCCUCUCCACGCACUACAACCUGCACAACCUGUAUGGCCUGACUGAGGCCUUCGCCUCCCACAGAGCCCUGGUGAAGGCUCGGGGGAGGCGGCCCUUCGUGAUCUCUCGCUCAACCUUUGCUGGCCACGGCCGAUACGCUGGCCACUGGACAGGGGACGUGUGGAGCAGCUGGGAGCAGCUCUCCUACUCCGUGUCAGCCAUCCUGCUCUUCAAUCUGCUGGGGGUGCCCCUGGUGGGGGCGGACGUCUGCGGCUUCCUGGGCAACACCUCGGAGGAGCUGUGCGUGCGCUGGACCCAGCUGGGGGCCUUCUACCCCUUCAUGCGGAACCACAACGACCUCAGCAGCCUGCAGCCGCAGGAGCCGUACAGGUUCAGCGAGACGGCGCAGCAAGCCAUGAGGAAGGCCUUGGGCCUGCGCUACGCGCUCCUGCCCCACCUUUACACGCUGUUCCACGGGGCCCACGUCAGGGGUGAGACCGUGGCUCGGCCCCUCUUCCUGGAGUUCCCCAAAGACCCCCACACCUGGACCGUGGACCACCAGCUCCUAUGGGGGGAGGCUCUGCUCAUCACCCCGGUGCUCGAGGCUGGGAAGGUUGAGGUCACUGGCUACUUCCCCCGAGGCACGUGGUAUGACCUGCAGAUGGUGCCAGUUCAGGCCUUUGGCAGCCAUCCACCUCCGCCCGCUGCACCCCUAACAUCCAUCAUCCACAGUGAGGGGCAGUGGGUGAUGCUACCCGCCCCACUGGACACCAUCAACCUCCACGUCCGGGCCGGUCACAUCAUCCCCAUGCAGGGCCCAGGCCUCAUAACCACAGAGUCCCGCAAACAGCCCAUGGCCCUGGCCGUGGCACUGACCCCGAGCGGGGAGGCCCGAGGGGAGCUGUUCUGGGACGACGGGGAGAGCCUGGGGGUGCUGGAGCGCGGGGCCUACACGCAGGUCAUCUUUCUGGCUGGAAACAACACUGUCGUGAACCAGUUGGUGCGUGUGAGCAGUGAGGGGGCCAGCCUGCAGCUGAGGAAGGUGAUCGUCCUUGGGGUGGCCAUGGCCCCCCAGCAGGUCCUCUGCAACGGCGUUCCUGUCUCUGACUUCACCUACAGCCCUGACACUGAGACCCUGGACAUCCCUGUCUCGCUGACGAUGGGAAAGCAGUUUCUCAUCAGUUGGUCUUAACUCAGGGCCCAGUGGUGUGUGGUCCCUUAGACUUCCCAGCAGCUCAGCACUGCGCGCCCUCGGUCAGCCGUGUGAGGGCCUAGUGUCACAUGGCGCUGACUUCCCUGAACACCCGAACCUGCUUGUGAGUCUGCUUCCCCGGCUCUGGGCCAGAGGCUCGUCUGAGUUGUUUGCAUAGAUCCCAGUCGGCAGAGGGCCCUGAAGGUGCUGUUUGGAAUGCUGCACUGGAAGGUUUGCCUCUCCGGGCGGGGCCUGUCACUGUGACGUGUGCACCGCCAGCCACCGCUGCCUGCCUGUGGCGCAGAGGUGGUGCUUGGGAUGGGUGGUACCUUCACCCCAGGGUCCCAACCACGGGCGGCUCUGCUGCUGCCCUGACCUGAUGGAAGCAGACCUGGGGCCGCUGCCCCACACAGGUGGGGCUGUCCACCAGUCUGAGGAGGGGCCUGGGGACUCGGCAGAACUCACAGGGUUUGGGACACCCUUCAUCUAAAGUGCAAUUGUUUUUAAUAAAAGGGGCAUCUGCAAUGCUUCUGCUGGUCCUUCUGGGAUUCGGGGUAGGGAGGCUGUGUCUCCAGACUGACACAGCAACAGCCCCUCCAUCCUCGAUGGGCCCUGGACUUGCCCGGGUGGGCGAGUGCUGUGCUGUGUGCUCUCAAAGCAGCAUCAUUGUGUACCCACAUCACCGCACACCCCCAUGUCACCCGGCUCUAAGGUGACUCGAGGACACAGCUGGGCCUGGUGCCACAGGCACGGUGGGAGAUGGGCCCCCCACCCCAAGGACCGUGUGGAUAAAGCUACCUCCCACCCCCUUCCCCAGGCAACCACUUGGUCAGCACAGUUAAUGUUUUCUGGAAUUUUGUAUAAAUGGAGUCACACAGCAUACCUGUCUUGUCUAACAUUGAGAUUCAUCCAUGUUGUGUGUGCUUUUUCACCGCCCAACAGCUUUCCACCGCGUGGAGAAUUUUAACAGACGUUAAGACUGCAGUUUCUGGCUACUGUGAAUAAAGAUGUGGUGAGCAGUCUCUGAA